AUGUCGCGGGUGAGCGGCCCCGGGCCGGCCGGCAGCGCCAAGGAGAAGCGCUCCUUCAGCAAGCGGCUUUUCCGCGGGCGGGCGGCGGGCGGCGGCGCGGGCUCGGCCCCGACCGCCGCCCCGGCCCCGGCGCCGUCCGGGCGGUCGCUCGGCGGGUUCAUGAGCCGCGUGCUGAAGACUCUCUCCACGCUCUCGCACUACAGCAGCGAGCCCGAGCCCCGCGGAGCGCUCGCCCCGCGCCUGCCCCCGCCGCAGGCGACGGGCGGCCUGGGCAGCUGCUUCCCGCCGGGCCCGCCGCGCAGCCCCGAGCCCCCGCCGCGCCCCGCCGGCAGCUCCGAGGCCGUGCCCGGCGUGGCGGGGCUGCGCAACCACGGCAACACCUGCUUCAUGAACGCCAUCCUGCAGUGCCUCAGCAACACCGAGCUGUUCGCCGAGUUCCUGGCGCUGGAGCAGUUCCGCGGCGGGCCGCCCCUCGCCGACGGGCCGCCGCCCGCGCCCGGCGAGGUCACGGAGCAGCUGGCGCAGCUGGUGCGGGCGCUCUGGACGCUCGAGUACACCCCGCAGCACAGCCGCGACUUCAAGAACAUCGUGUCCAAGAACGCGAUGCAGUACCGUGGGAACGCCCAGCACGAUGCCCAGGAGUUCCUGCUUUGGCUCCUCGACAGAGUCCACGAGGAUUUGAACAACGUGGUGAAUUCUGGUGGCAUGCCUCCACUCAAGCCGCCGCUGGAGGAUGAUGUGCUGCUUGAGGGCCCAGCCUUUCCCAUCAGUAGCACUUUUGUGCAAGAACUCUUUCAAGCCCAGUACAGGUCCUCCCUGACGUGCCCUCAUUGCCAGAAGCAGAGCAACACGUUUGACCCUUUCCUCUGCAUCUCGCUGCCGAUCCCUCUGCCCCACACUCGGCCGCUCUACGUCACCGUGGUGUACCAGGGCAAGUGCUCGCACUGCAUGCGCAUCGGGGUGGCCGUGCCCAUCUCCGGAACAGUGGCCAGGCUGCGGGAGGCUGUCUCCUCGGAAACCAAGAUACCCCUGGAGCAGAUCGUGCUGACAGAGAUGUACUAUGAUGGGUUCCAUCGCUCCUUCUGUGACACCGACGACUUGGACACCAUCCACGAGAGCGACUGCAUUUUUGCCUUUGAGACCCCAGAGAUCUUCAGGCCUGAGGGCAUCCUCAGUCAGAGAGGAAUACAUGUGAACAAUAACCUGAAUAACUUGAAAUGUGGCACUGAGCACUCCCGAACAAUAGCUUACUCUCAAGGAACGGUGAAGUCUGGAAAACUGGAACAGUCCUGUCCUAAAGCAGCAGCAAAUGACAAGAUUGUCUUGCUGGUGUGUAACAGAGCGUGCACUGGACAGCAGAGCAAAAGGUUUGGCUUGCCCUUCGUGUUGCACUUGGAAAAAACAAUUGCUUGGGAUAUUCUGCAGAAGGAAAUACUGGAGAAGAUGCAGUAUUUCCUGCGGCCUGCAGCCUGCUUGCAGGUUUGCCCAUUCAGCUUGCGAGUGGUCAGUGUUGUGGGCAUAACAUACUUGCUACCUCAGGAGGAGCGACCCCUCUGCCACCCCACAGUGGAAAGGGCAUUGAAGUCAUGCGGACAGGGGGGAACUGCUCAUGUGAAAUUAGUGGUAGAAUGGGACAAAGAAACUAAAGAUUACUUAUUUGUGAAUACAGAAGAGGAAUAUAUUCCAGACUCUGAAAGUGUCCGCCAGCAGAGAGAGCUUCAUCAUCAACCUCAGAUCUGCACUUUAUCUCAGUGUUUCCAACUGUACACCAAAGAGGAACAGCUUGCCCCAGAUGAUGCAUGGCGAUGCCCACACUGCAAGCAGCUGCAGCAGGGUAGCAUCACACUGAGCCUCUGGACCUUACCUGAUGUUCUCAUCAUACAUCUCAAAAGGUUUAGACAGGAGGGAGACCGAAGGAUGAAACUUCAGAACAUGGUUAAAUUUCCCUUGAGUGGCUUGGACAUGACUCCUCACGUUGUGAAACGCAGCCAGAGCAGCUGGAGCCUGCCAUCGCACUGGUCACCUUGGAGGAAACCUUAUGGCCUCGGCAGAGAUCCUGAGGACUACAUCUAUGACCUGUAUGCUGUCUGCAACCACCAUGGCACCAUGCAAGGGGGACACUAUACAGCAUAUUGCAAGAAUUCUGUUGAUGGCCAGUGGUACUGCUUUGAUGACAGCGAAGUUCAGCAGCUUUCUGAAAGUGAAGUCUGCAAGCAGACCGCUUAUAUCUUGUUCUACCAACGACGCACAGCAAUCCCCUCGUGGUCUGCCAACAGCUCGGUGGCAGGCUCCACCAGCUCGUCGCUGUGCGAGCACUGGGUCAGCCGGCUCCCGGGCAGCAAGCAGCCCAGCAUCGCCUCCGCCGCCUCCUCGCGCCGCACCUCCCUCGCCUCGCUCUCGGAGUCCGUGGAGCUCGCUGGGGAACGGAGUGAAGAUGAUGGAGGAUUUUCAACUCGACCAUUUGUAAGGAGUGUCCAGCGUCAGAGCUUGUCAUCCAGAUCCUCUGUCACCAGCCCACUGGCAGUGAGUGAAAAUGGUGUCAGGCCCUCGUGGUCGCUCUCUGCGAAACUGCAGUUCCGCUCCAACUCCCCAUCGCGCUUCUCUGGAGAUUCCCCGGUACAUACCUCUGCUUCCACUCUGGAGAAGAUUGGGGAAGCUGCUGAUGAUAAAGUCUCCACCUCAUGCUUUGGCAGCCUGAGGAAUCUCUCCAGCAGCUACUUGGAGCCCUGUGACAGCAGUCGGCGAGAGCACAGGACAGCUCGCAGAGCCCCUUUGGCUGUCAUGGAAGGGGCGUUCAGGGAAGAGUCUGUUGUAAGGACAUCUAGCUCAGAUCUUUCAGAUGGGUAUGGUAAAAGCUCUGUGCAGCCAGACAGGAAUCACCCUGCUCUGGACCCUUUUGAUAACAACAAUCAAAUCGCCUUUGUUGACCAGAGUGAUUCUGUGGACAGCUCCCCAGUAAAGGAGGUGAAAGCCCCAGCUGGGACAGGGCUGGCUGCAGAGAAGGCACAUGACACCCCUAAAAAGGGUCACAGCUCCAAAGGAGCUUCUGAGCCAGAUAAAAGUUUGAGGAAGGGAAGGACAGUCUUAGCUACCCAAGAGACCAAAGUCUCUCACUCUUCUCCUCCACUGAAGAGUUCUCAGAAAGCUUCCCGGUCUAGAAGUAAGGCAGACUCUUCUAGGGUCAGCGGGCGACACGGGUCUCCUGCUCCCGCUCAGGCUAGGAAGGACCACAGCACGAAGCCCCUGGAGGCAUCUGUCCCAUCAGCUCAACAGAAGCAGAAGUCAGGUUCUUCUCCAUCCUCCGCAGCUGCCAAGAAAGCCCCAUCAGGCUCAUUGACUAAGGGCUCUUCCUCUGGGAAGAGCAGGACUUCCGACCGCAGCCUCAGCAGGGAGGGCUCCAAGAUCAGCCUGGGGUCGGAUAAAACGAGCGUUACCAGCAGCUCCAGAACGAGCUCCCCGCGGAUCAGCCACUCCAGGAGCGACAGCAGGGCAGCGGACAGCAAGCACGUGCGCAGUUCCUCCAUGGCCAACCUGCGGUCCCCAAACGUCGGGGCGCGCUCCGGGUUGAAGAGGGACAGCAAGUCAGAAGAGAAGGGUUUGUCUUUCUUUAAAUCAGCCUUAAGGCAGAAGGAGACACGGAGAUCGGCAGACCUGGGGAAGACAACAAUGCUUUCAAAAAAGACAGGGAGUGUCAGUUCCAAGUCAGGCAGUAAAAAUGUGCUGGAGGACAAACCAGAGAAAGGUGGUGUCCCACCAGCCUCUCAAACCAAUGCCAACGUCACUACAAAAGAAAAACUUGUCUCAAAAGAUGCCACAUCUAACAAACAUUCUCUGCUAUCCAGUCGCAAGUCCAAGUCUUCCCAGCUAGAUCCCGGAGUCCAGUCUCCUCCUUCCAGUGGCAAGCAGUCUGCUGACAAGCCGCUGAAAAAAUUACCUUCCAGCAUGCAGGUGUCUGUACGGCCUUCUCUGGAACCUCAGUGAAAUGCUGCAAUCCAGGUGUCUUUUCUUCUGCUGAGAAGCUAAUUUAUUCUGAGCUCUUGUUUUUUGUUCAUGUGCCUAAUGUAUGUUUUGAGGAGAAGUUAACUGCAAGUUGUUAAAGCGCCUUUGAUUCUGCCAUCAAACCAAAUAGCCACAGGCAGCCAGCACUGGUGCAAGUAGCCUAGCUGGAGUCAUUGUUGAACAUGAAUGCAGCUGUCCCAUAGCACCUGUACAGGAGUCUCUGUUGAAAGUGCAACAGCUUUCUUCAGAUUUGAGGGUUGGGACCUGAACCCCGGUUGUACUGACAUUAGUGUGCUUUGUAGAGCUGUGAACUGAUGUUCCUUUGGUCUUGUUUUGAGUGGGCUGUGUCCACGCUGGUGUAUGGCCUUGUUCUGAGCUGUGGAGGAUGCGAAGGAAACUGGAGAGACUGUCGCUUCUUUCUGCUCUCAACUCUCUCUCCCUGCUCCCCUCCAUUUUCAAGCUUUCUAAAGGGCAAUAUUUCAACACUAAUGUUGUUUCUCAGGUAUAUACUCAGCCAGUAUAGGAGGGACUAGCAUUAGUGACGGACAGAAAGGUACCUGUGUGUCUCUGUGCGCGUCUGUGUAAUAGAUUUAAUUUUUGCAUUCCAACACCAGGAAGUUUGAAAUGUAACCUGCAGUUUUUGUUGCUGCGUCUAUGAAGAGUUUUGCUUUGUCCAUACCUUAGGCAACCUCUACCCAGUCCUGUUUUAACUACUUUCUUCUGAAAUGCUGUGCUAAACAACAGAAGAAAUCCCUGGGCAGCAGCUGCUGGCCAGCUCGUCCUGUGGAAGCAGUGCCAUGGGAGAGUUAUGUCUGCACACCUGGAUGGCCGUGAUGCUGUCAGGGUGCCCCUGUUCAAAGUCCUGGGAAGCAUUUCCUAAUGUGCUCAGACCCUUAUCACAGUGGUGUAAUUAAGCCUCCAUUAUCUCUCGGGGUGAUGUUUAGAUCAAGUGUUGUCCUGCCCUCUCUGAGCAUGCUUUGACAGGCCCCUUUGUGUGGGUUGGAGGGGCUGUGCCCAGACCCCCAGAGCAGUUUUCCUGUUCUCCAGAGCGCUGUGUUCUUCCCUCUGGCACGCUUGACCUCUCCCCAUGGGUCUGGCUGCCACGUGUCCCUCAGUGGAAGGUUCCCCUUCUUGUUUGGAUGACAGCCUCCAUCAGGGUCAAAACACUACAUCUACUGAUGUCUUUGUUUACAUGCCCUUCUUACAGGGGAGAUUCCUCAAGUUCUGUAAGGUUCCUCUUAAGGUGGAUUUUUUAAGUCCUUUUACAUAUAUGUGGUGUAAUUUUUUUUUUUUUUUUUUUAAUUCCAUGAGUUUUUAUUGAUGUGCUGCAUAUCCUUUAUGUCCACAGCCUGUCAUGUAGGUUGUGACAAGCUGGGCAAUGUGCUGGGCACACUCUGCUGAGUGAGGUCUGUGCCUGUCCAGUCCAAUGCCAGAGCUUCUCUGGGCAUAGCUUGGGGCCAGGGUCGUGUGUGCUCUGUCCCUUCAGCAUGACAAACGGGGCUGUGCCACCUCCCUUGCUGAGGUGCUGCUCUCCCUGCAGGCAGCCUUGUCCCCAGGUCUGCUGGGCACCUUGCUGCUCUGUGAUCAGUUUUCUGCUCACCACUCACCUGCAGCAAGCUUGGGAGGGAAGGGUUAGGCGUGGCUGUCUGCUUGGAGUGUGUGUAGGGCUGAGCUGGGCGUGCCAUCGAGCUGGGGUCAGCAUGUGGGGCUGAGCCCACCUGCCAAGUGACCCUUGCAGUGUCCUGGUGAUGUCCUGCUGCAUCCCCUCCGUGCCCCAGCAGUGCCCACGGCCUGCACGUGUAAUGCCCUGACUGUUCCAACCCAGACUGUGCCCUCGAUGCCUUCCUUCGCCCAGGCAUUGUUUCAGUCUCAUUUAUUGCAGCAACAAGAAGCAAGGAUUGCAUUGCUUGCUUCUGAAAUGUAUGACUUGGAUUAUUCUUGGAUUAUUUUCUGUUAUAUCCAGCAGAGCAGAUAAGACUUGCUUCACAUUGCAGUACUUAAAUUACUCCCUGAAAUGUUGAUGUUGAAGUAUUUGUUUAAGGUUUUAUCUGUAUUAAGGUCUUACACUGUGUUGGCUCUUCUCUUGUAACAACUCUUCUAGCAAGAAUGUAAUUCCGGUGGCUUAUGCUGACUCGGUUUGGGAUCUUUUAAUAGACAGAACUAUUUUCUGUGCAUUUUGCCAUGGACAUUUGUGAAAGGUUAUUUUUAUCAAAUGACUUUUUUUUUCAUGUCAUCACUCACUGAAGGAGUUUAAACUGAAGCUGGUGUGUGGGUUUUGAGGUGGUUUUGCCCCUGUGCUGCAUGCCUCACUGAAGGAAAUUUGAAGCUAUAUCCAGACCCAUGUUUUAGCUUCAGUUCAGUGUUUGUAUCUGGAGCAAGACAAUGGUCCUUGGGGCUCUCAUUUGGGUAGAAGGGAGAUGGAGGUCCUGGUAUUCCAGCAGCUGAUGAAAGUAGUUGAACCUCUGCAGUCCCAUGAGAUGCCAGUCUCACUCUCUUUCUGCACAUUCUCCAUAAUUCCUGAUGCUAAUUGCUGCCAGCUCCAGCACUAUCUGCUCUCUUUAUGCUGCCAAACUGGAUUUCUCUGUCCCUCUGGAAUGGCAGCGCUGGUGCACAGGCUCCCAGCUCUACAGAGUGUGGGUGGGCAGGAGGGGCUGCAUUGACAGUACCCUCAUCUCCAAGGGUGGCAUGCUGCUCCUCUGGUGGGUUUUCUCCUCAGGAGGGCUUGGCUUGGGGUGUCCUCAGGUGGUUUGACUUACCAGGGUGCACCAGGGUUGAUGUGGGACGAGGCACUCGCCAGGCAGAAGGUCACGGUGUGUGUGUGCAGUCUCUGCUCCGUGUCUGCUCUGCAUCAGGGCCCUUGGGAACAGCCACUCGUGUCCCUGCUCUGCUUGUUGGUGUCACACAUCUCCAGCAGUAAAUGAGCUUCCUUGCACAGGAGAGGGUUAAGGGUCUGGGUCUGGGAAACAUUGUUCACUGGGAGUGUUGAUCAAAGCUUUGUUGCUGUUACAGUCACAACUCUAUCAAUGAAGCAGGAUAAAUGUUUCUGAAACAGAAUGUAGGCUAUUACAGGCCCUAUACUUAAAGGGAUUUGGGGAAAAAUCAUCAGUCUUCUCUCCUUGCUUUAAAGCAGAUUUAUCUCUUGUCCCUUUCACAUGUAGGAACUCCUGUCCAUGGUAUUGUGUUGUCCAGCUGCCAGGAUGUGGCAUGGUACCAGGGAACACUUGGGAGAGGGAUCUGCCAAGUCCUAGAUGCCAACGCCACCGUGGCUUUGCAUAUGGAUCCUUCAAGCAGCGAUGGCUUGAGGCUGUUCUGGAGCAGCUGCACGUACAUGGUCAUGUCUUAAAGCUCCUGUUGGCCGUCAGAAGCACUCAUGGCUGUAGGGGAGGUGGGCUCUGCCAUCUCCCAGAGGCCGCUGGUGCCCAGGACCUCCACCUCCCUGGGUGGUGGCAUGUAGGGCCUGGAAGUCUCAUGGGCAUCUGAGGGCGAUAGGAGCAGCUGCUGCGAGGUGUGUCCUCCCCAGCCUGUCUGGAGGUGGUGGGGUCUGGGACCUUCCUGCCAAGGUCUUGGAAGCAAAGGUACGCGUCGCGGUGAUGGGAGAUGCCGGGGAAGGGGGAAGCCCAGCCGUGCUCCCAAACAGGUGAGCUCCAAGGCAAAGCAGGAGUUCGGGCAGUGUUUCCAGCUGGCUUCGGGCUGGAGUCACCUGGAGUGUGACUUGUGUUUCACCCCACGUCCCUAGUCCGCCCCUUGCUCCUGCUCCUGGAAUUGGCCCUCUGGGCGCAGGAGAGCAGCGCCUUCAUUCCAGUGCUCAAUUCCUACAGGAGUCACCUAGAGACCUUUUUUUACCCUUUUUGGGCUGUGUCUUUUGGAUAGUGUUUAGUAGUAGUCAAGUUAUAAGCACAUUUUCAAUGACGUGUAUUGAAGAGGCACCUUUUAUUUGUAUUAAUCACAUUUGAUAGACAAUUUGGUGCCUGCAGUUCUCUGUAACUUGUGUCUCACUUCGGGUGUAUAAAUUGUUAACCCUUUCAGACUUAUCAAAUACGGAUUAAUAAAAACAAGAUGCUUAGGAUAGAAAGCUAGCAGCUUAAUUGCACUUCUCCCACUGCAAGCGCCCUCAUCCGCCGUCGCUGCAGGGGUUUUGCUUUCUGAAGCCGAAACUUGAGCAUGACCAACCGUUCUCCUCAGCGGAGGCAGCUUGCAUGGCCGUGCUGUCCCCGAUGCAUGUCCCUACUAACUAUGCAAGCCUCUGGCCCAGCCGCGGCGUGCUCGGCGUCGGAGCCGCUCCGGAGCACCGCUUGGAGUCUGUGCUGCUGCCUCAUGGCGCAGCUGCUGCUGGCACACAGGAGCAUGUCCCUGGGUUCCUGCUUCCUUUGCACAUCUUUGACUCUUUCCUUUGCAGGAUUCUGCGUUACUGACGAGGCUGGAGCGUAAUGUAAGGUUAGAGGGAUCGGAGCAGGGAAAUGAGAGCAAACUGAUUUCUAUUUUGUGUUGUUUUUCCUUUUGUUAGCAGAGCGACCUGCUCAGGGUUGUAGCCUGCCGUUGCACGUGAUGUGAGGGGGCUGUGAGGAGGGGCGGGCGGGCACACGGAGCUGCUGCGAGGGUCCUGCUGAGGGGAGCGGUUCCCAGCUGGCCUCCUGCUGCCCACUCUGGUCUUGGGGCUUUGCCUGCCUUUCUGGGGGAGCUGCUGGGCUGCCUGCCCGUGCUCCAGGACCCUGUAGUGCUGGGCUUUGAGCCGUGGCCUGUUGGACAGCAGGUCCCCCGGGGCAGCCGUGCGUGCCACAUGGCCAGGGCAGCUGCCCAGGGCUGGCCUGGGCUUCGUGCAGGUCCCAGAGCUCCUCCUGGUUUUUGGCCAUGCAGCUUUGGUGCCCUCCGCUUGGUCAGCUGGCAUGGAGAGGGUUUGGAAACAACAUUCCAGAUAAUUUUACUGUUGGCUGUUGGUUUUUUCUGUUUUAGUUUGGGUGGUUUUUUUUUUGUUUGUUUUGUUUUGGUUUUUUUUUGUUUGGUUUUUUUUUAAUCUUUGUCAUUUGCCUACUAAUCCAAAAGAAUUUGGCAGUAUCUAAUGAUACCUGUGGAGGGAACUGAAAUUUAGUUUUAAUCUGUGGUGAGAUGAAAGUCCGACACGGUUUUCUCAACAAAAGCAUCGUAAAGCAGUUACUAUUAAAAGCUUUAUUUUGUAAAAGAAAAGCACCUGAAGACUUGUACAAUGUCUCUGUUAGAUCUAAAGGCUUAGGGACUCUAUUUUUUUAAAGGUGAUAGCACUCAAUUUAUCUGCAAAUCGUGUUUUUUAAAAGACACAGAUUAAAACUAAGAGUAACCACCAGUCCCGGCUCACUCAGCCCUGCAGCGCACACGCGCCGGCCUCAGGCUCGUGUGCGUUUGUGAGUGCAAUAACCCUUGGAGGUGCUACAUUGCCUGGGGUAGGGUAACACAAGGGAAUCCAGGCCACCAGUGGCUUCAUUAUUGUCCUGUGGCCUUCCAAGUAUGAAUUUGUACAGAUUUGCUCACCACCUGUGCCUCACCAUUGGUUAAAAUUGAAUUUUAAGUCCUGUUGCAAAUGCAGUUUCUCCUCUGGACACCAUGUCAGAUUUUACACUGGAAUAUCUACGGUUCUCAAACUGCAUGUCACAUCACUGUACCCGGUACAGGGACGUGGGGCUUUCCCACACCUUUGAUAUUCUCUUCUGUAUUUUAAUGUUUUUGACCUGUACAGUAAUUGGAAAGCAGGCUGUCUACUUGGGGUUGAACAUUGUACCAUAAAUUUUAAAUUAUUUGAGGACAACUGCAUGAGACUGUGUCAAUGCCUUUUAUUAUUUAUUUGUAUGUUUUAUUAUUCGAGGUGUAUGCACUUUUAAUAUGCAGAAUUUAUAUUUUUACGUUAAAAAUCAUUUUCUUUCAGAAAGAAGAGUUUGAAUAUGAGGAAUUGGAAUUAAGUGCAAAAAGGGGAAUAUGUAAUAAAAUACAAUAAAUUUAUUACUAGGCA